AUGGCGAUCGAUCUUCAGCCAUGGCUGGAUGGCAUUGAUGCCAGCAUGGUAUUCCACCCAGCUAACGCCUUUGUGAUCUCGUGCGGCACCGUGACGCUUGACCUCGGCCGUGGAAAGGUGCUGUUGAUUUGGAACCGGAACCUUUCGAUCUUUCAGCUGCCCAAGGGUCGAAGGAACAUUGACGAGCCCAUGCUCAACGCGGCUCUGCGCGAGACAUACGAAGAGACCGGAGUGCGGGCGGCGCCUCUGGAGCUCAACAUUGCUACGAGAGCAACACCGCCUACCGUCGACGAAGGGGCUGAUGGGCCACCACAAAAGAGCCCACAGAUCACCGAAGGACACCUGAGCACCGAGUUUGUCGGUACCUGCCUCUAUCCAGACCCGCAGUCGGACACCAAAGCGCUCAAGGCCGUCUUCUUCUUCGUGGCAACGGCUGACUCGACGGCCACACGAGACCAUGGGACGCAGGAGACAUAUGAAAAGCUCGAGGCUUCAUGGGUUCUUAUCUCGGAGGUGGACCAGAAACUCCGAUUUGCGAGCGAAGUUGCUGUUGUGAAGAAGGCGAUAGCCGAUGUUAGGAAAUCGGGAUAUACCAUCAACAAUGCCUAG